AUAUAUAUAUAUAAUUUCUUUUGUAUUUAUUAUAUCAAAUAUAAUAUACAAUUUAUAUUAUUUAUUUAUUCAAACAUUAUUAUUUUAAUUGACACUUGAUCAUUUCACAUUAAACGUUUCCCAAUCGAAUCAUCGUAUCCGUUAUACAUAUAUAUAUGUGCGUGUGUAUUAGUCACGUUAUAAUAACGUAACGCAUACAAACAUGCGAAUAAACUUAUGUAUUCUAUAAGAGGAACUAACGAAAUGCGAUUAUACGGGUGAACAACUUGAGGUAAACCUAAAUUUCUCCUUAAAACGGGGUCAUAUCAUGGUACCGUCCUCCGUUAACUGACCAGUCGUCUUUCGAUCGUUCAUCGAGUAUUAUCAAUAGGAAGAAUGUAGAUGUAAAUUUGAUUUUAAAUGAAAAAAAGAAAAAAAAAAAAAAAAAUGAAGAUCCAAGGGUUAUCGAUCGUUCAAACAUUAUUGUUAUUUCUUAUAUAUUCAUUAUCGGAGUCUAAAGUGAACGUAAUAAAUCGUCAGGAUGAUACGAAGAUCAUUUUAAAAGAUCAAGAAACGAUGAGAGAUCUUGAGACAUUGUUGAGACAAACUGUGAUAAAUACCACGAGUACAACGUCGACCGAUAUAACAGCAACCAGACAAGGACCUUGUCAAUGUGCAUUAGGUGUUUGUGGUUGUUGUUCGAGAAUAUUAUUUUCCACUUGGAAACAAAAGGCAUGCGUUAACGUGACUUAUGAUCCGGACGAGUUCAGUUUCACUGCUAACGUUCUGAUGAACGACAGGGUUCUAUACACCAGAACGAUUUCCGGGAAAAAUCCUAGACCAAUAUGCGUGCCCGUACCAAGGAUACCGUACAUUAGGGCCUGUGUGAGAUUUUAUAAUAUAUUCUUUCAAGGUAGAAAUAUACAUCUCUGUAUCAACAUGGAAGGAAAGUUUAGAGAUACAACGUUGUUCAAAGUUGGAUUAGAUUGCAUCCGAUUUGGUUCAAAUGGUUUAGCUCAUGUAAAGCCAGAAGAUGGGGGUGGAUUAGGCCAAGUCGAAAUUUUUCCAGACGAUGACGACACCGAUUAUAAUGAUGAUUACGAUGACGAGGAUGAUGACGACGAUGACGACGAUGAUGACGACAUAUUAGAUUUUUAACAUAAUUGUUAUUAUUUACAUACGUCGACAAUUAAUAUAGGAUUUUAAAAGAAACAUUUAUUCUAUUUAUAUACAUAUAUAUAUAUAUAUAUUUUUUUUUAUUUUGUCAUAUGUAUCUUAAUUAAUAAUUACCUUUGACCAAUUCUCUAUUGUAAAUAGAUUCGAGUUUGAUCGAAAGCAGAUGAUAGUCUUUUAUAAUGAUAGUCCUUUUUUCUCUCUUUCUCUUCUUUUUCCUUUUUUUUUUUUUUUUUUUUUGAUUGUAGUACCGAAAAUUAUUUUACAAAGCAAAGAAACGUGAUUUUCAAUUGAACAAUCGCGAUAUAAAGUGUCGAGUCAAACAAUUGUGACAAAUUGUUUGAUUUCCGUUAAAAUUCAAUGAACUUUUAUAACGGUCAUCAUAGUGAUUAUUAUUUCCGGUAGAAAAGGUAUCGCACAGACAUCGGACCAGAAAGCGUCGUUCAUUUUAUUAUACUUAGAUAGUUCAAAGUGUGAAAACAUCGACAUUAUUAACUGAACUGUACAUUAUUUUUAUUUGUGGUAUUAGCUAAUCGUGUGAAGAAAUGAAUUUACGUCUGUGCAAAACGUUCCUCUUACUAUUGUGCAUUAUUUCAGAAUUUAAUAUAAAUAAGAAGCAAAGUUAGUUGAUUCAAAUUGUUCCUUUCUUUCUUUCAAUUUUUUUUUUCUUUCUCUCUUUUUUUUUUUUCUUUUUUUUUUAUA